ACCUUUUCUGAGGCAUUUCCGUAGAAUCUGUCAAGACCGGAAGAGCAGGACUUGUGAUUGAUCUUACAAUGAAGAGAGUCACCUUAGGCACAUUUACAAUCUUUGAGAAGGAAUAUACAAUGUGACGGGCCCUUACGAGAAGCAAAGGACAGGGGGUCUUAAGCAUGGGUGCUCAGUUGCUGUUCUUUAGCGGUUGGCUGGUUGUAAGCUCCAUCCUGUUAGGUGUGAAAGUGCAAGCACAAACGUCAAGCCCUUCGACAAACGCAGGCACUCUGUUGGCCGUUAAGGCAGCCUUUGUCGACAACACCCGGUUGGCCUCUUGGCAGCAGGGCUCUGAUCCUUGCGGGACUCCGGCAUGGGAGGGAGUAGGGUGCACUGCUGGCGUCGUCACCAACCUCACUCUGACGCGCUCUUGCGAUGGACGGACACCACCUGACGUGUGUUCUGCGAACCAGGCGUGGCCCCGUCUCGUUGGGCCCUUCCCCGCUGCAGUAACGAAUUUGACUGGGCUCCAGAUACUUGAUCUGGGGAACAACAGCAUCUCCGGCCCCUUGCCAGUUCAGCUUGGCCUGCUGCCCCUCAAUACAUUAAUUCUCAACUCCAACAACCUGAAUGGCACCUUGCCGGCAUCCCUGGGCGGUGCAGUCAACAUGACCGUCUUUCUCCUCGAUGGGAACAGCUUCAGUGGGCCCCUCCCUACCUCGUUCGCCAACCUGACUAGCCUCCAGCUUGUGGGCCUUGGCAAGAAUCAGUUCUCUGGGCCCCUCCCGGCCUUCAUCUUUCGAAGCUGGACGCAAAUGAAAUAUCUGAAUAUCAUUCAGAACGGUUUCAACGACACGCUGCCACCUGUGGGUUCCUUGGACCAGCUGUUUCUGCUGGCGCUGUCCGAAAACAAGUUUACGGGUGCAAUCCCGGACGGACUCGGAUCGCUCAACGGGCUAAACCGCCUGGAGCUUGCCAACAACAAGGGGCUCAACGGCUCCAUCCCGUCCAGUUUCGGGGCCACGCCAAGCACGCUGCAAUAUCUGGACCUGUCUAACAACAGCCUCAGCGGAACCAUCCCAGACAACCUGGGAAACAUAGUGAGCCUCCAGCAGCUGCUGCUUGGGAACAACAAGCUGACGGGGUCCAUCCCGGCCAGCUUUGCCAACUUCACGAGCAACCUGCAGACGUUGACUCUCAACUCCAACAACCUCACGGGCCCGACGUCCGUACUCUUUAACCUCUGUCAGGGGAAACAGUGCUACUAUGGCGACAAUCCUCUGUUGGGCGCCCCCGUGCCGGCCCCUGUUGCCCCCAGCCCUCCUGCUAGCCCCCCUCCCAGUAGCGUUGUUCCAGUCCCCGCCCCAGCCCCGGCGGCGGCUAAUGCGCCAUCAGAGAGCUCUUCUGCGCCCAUCGCAGCCAUUCUGGGGGCAGUUGGGGGGGGCGUUGCGGUCCUGGCGGUGUUUGGCAUCCUCUUUGUCUGCUGCCGCAAGCGCAUCUUCAAGGAGAAAGGCGCUACGAAUCAUUCAGCUGCGCCGGAUCCGUUUGAUAAGCUGCCGGUAGCUGAGCCCGUGCAGAGGUCGAAGGCCGGGGGGUUGGCGCACGGAGUGGAAGAGUUUAGCUUCACCGAGUUGACACACGCCACCAAUGAAUGGCAUUCGGACAAUGUCAUUGGAGAAGGAGGGUACGGCAAAGUUUACAAAGGCGGCCUCCACACGAAAGACGGUCCUCAGGUAGUGGCCAUCAAGCGCGGCGGCCGCCAGUCGCAGCAAGGCGAGCGCGAGUUCCUGCAGGAGAUCUCCGCCAUGUCCAGAAUCAGGCACAAGCACCUCGUGAAGCUGGUCGGCUUCUGCGACGCUGGGGCCGAGCAAUGCUUGGUGUACGAGUACAUGGUCAACGGGACGGUGCAAGACCACCUGUGGGGUCGUCUAGCCGCAGACGGCGUUCUGGACUGGCCAACGCGCAUCCAGAUAGCAUUGGGCGCCGCCAAAGGAUUGGAGUACCUGCACACCGCAGUGGAGCCGCCCAUCAUCCACCGAGAUGUGAAGCUGACCAACAUCUUGUUGGACGGGCAACUGAGCGCCAAGGUGGCCGACUUUGGCAUCAGCAAACUAGAAGAAGCGCUGGAAGGGGCCACCUCGGUCAAGGGAACCCUUGGGUACCUCGAUCCGUAUUACGUUCAGUUUAACGAGCUGACAAUCGCGUCAGACGUGUACAGCUUUGGGAUGGUCCUGUUAGAGAUCGUGUCAGCCCGCCCGGUGCUCGGGAUCGGGAGCGACGGCAAGCCACGGAGCCUGCUGCAGUGGGCACUCCCCUUCAUCCAAGCCAAGCGCAGCGCCGAGAUCGCCGACCCUCGGCUGGACGGCAAGUUCAACCCGGCAAGCGUGCACGCGUUCUGCGCCCUCGGGCUUACCUGCAUCCGCAACACGCCCGCAAAGCGGCCCACCAUGGCCGAAAUCCGGGUCCACCUAGAACGCAUCGCCAAGCACGCGCUGUCCCGGGCGGACGAGUCUGAAGCUUCUAGCGACGUAACGCCGUACGAUCUUGUCAGCCUGGAUUCGUUACCGCCGCCCCCCGGGCCAGGGUCGCCGCUGCCAGAAGCGUGGUUUCGAAGCCAGGGCAGUGGGUCCAGUGAGGGGCCUCCACUCGGGUUCACUGGCGUUGGUAGCACUAUCACGAAGUCGUCUACAGGGGUUCACUCUUUUGGGUCCUCCUACGCUCCAUCCCAGAAAUCUUUAGAUCAUUCGGCGGCAUGGGAGGGACCAAUCACCACGUUGCACCCGCGGUAGGAUCUGUCACAGCCGAAAUACCUUCUCUGGUAGCAAGUAGACUGGCUCUAUUUAUUUUGGCUUCAGCAAAGAAGUCGUACACGAGAAACAGAGCAACUGGCGGUAUCUGCUCGAUAUCUUGACCUCAGCUUGAAAGCAGUGCUCGGGGUCAGGAUUCGGUAUGCGAAAAUGGUACUGCACCGGGAUUUGUUGGAGUCCGUUCCGACGCGGCCACUCACAGAACAAUUGUGGACUGGAGGCUAGGCUAGGCUAUCAUGAAGGUUUUGGAACACCAUAUGUACGGGCCCAUCUUCUUUGUGCUAGAGGGCGUGUGAAGU